AUGGCUCACAAUUGUCGCGUUAGAUCAAGACUACGAGCUUCUGUAGCGAUAAUUGUACUCAUAUGUGUGUGUUUAAAGCAAGUGAAAGGAUCCUGUCUAAGCUACGGUCAUUCUUGUUGGGGUGCCCACGGAAAACGGGCGGGUCCGCCGGGACGUACAGCUUCUGGUGAUGUUGUACAGUUUCAACCACAGCCACUGUUGGACCAGGCCAACCCACUCCCUGCUGCUUUAACCGCCGCGGAACGGUGGGCUUUGGUCAAAGUUCUCCCAGAAAAGAACCCGUACUAUCCAUUUAGCAAAGUGAUAUAUUCACCACCGGUUGUUGCAACUGGUUCGUUUUUACCCACCGACGAUUUAGGCUCAUCUGGGUCAGAAUCUUCGAGAAUUGGAAUUGAUUCAACCAACAGUGCGGAAGGAAGACUAGCUGAAACUAGCAAUGACUCUAAAUCACUGUCAUCAACAGAACAGGAGCUAGCACUUGGCGAUGAUCGACUAAUAACGGCAGUUACCACCCCGAACACGCAUCGCAGAGAUCAUCGGCGCAAGAAAAAACCGCAACCAAUGACUACACACCGUCGAUAUGGUGGACACGAUGAUAGAUUUGACGAUAGCAUGCAUAUUGCCCGAUUCGUAGCGCCAAACGAUGACGAUGUGAGUCAAAUGUUGCUGCUCAACGCUGCUAUGGCUGCUGCAGCAACAAUUCAAGCCGACAAUGACGUUUCCGUUGCAAAUGAGCGGUUCAAUAGGAAGUUGUUCAACGAUAACACUAAAAACUCGAUCCUGCUAAACGCAUAAUUUGUUGAAAUGUUAACUAAUUUGUAACAUUCCGCACCAAACCGAACAAAUCACCACCAACAGACGCAGUAUCAAUGUCUGGGAGGAGUAGUUUUGGUUAAAAUGUUCAAACAGUGAAAUCUGCUAAUUAUGAAUAGUUAAGUUAUUAUGCAUAAUGAUGAAUUAAAAAGAUGUUUUGCACUACUUCGCGGUAAAUCGUCGUACUAGGGUGUUUGUGUAAAGCAAACUCUCAAACUGCGAAAUAGUGUAGUACGGGCGUACUAUGUCAAAUGCAAUUCAAAGCGUAUACUUUUAUGCCGUGGGAUUAGGUGUAAGCCCAUAAUCGGGUGCUAUCGUUGAACUUUAUCGCAUGUUUUUCCAUUCCACACAUCGCUUCACGUUGCUCAUACCUUCCACACAAGAGUUACUGGGGAAAAACGCCAGUAUUACAGUUGAAAUGACGAUCUUAUCACCAGUGGAUAGAUAUUGCCAAACUUUACUUCUGUUUGCGCUAGGGCAGGGAAAUUGGCAAUGUUCAUCAAAGGCUGGGUUGGUGAUAGAUAUUCAUUUUACUUGCAUAAUGCAUUACCGAGACGGUGAUGAAACAUACCGAAAGAAAAAUGUGAGACAACUGAACCCGAUAACUGAACCUCCUGAACGAACCUACCUACAACCUAUGUUUGUGUCGCUUAUGUGGAUGGUUUUCGAAAGAACCAUAUUUUCCCGCGCAUAAUACGGGAGCUGUUAAUCCAACAUAAAUCCUCACAAACACUCAAUUUGUACAUACAUUUCUUAGUCAGUAAGCAGGGAUUAUAGAAUCAA